GUUUUUUGUUUGGAAAAAAGCCAAGGAGUGCGAAAUUUUGAACAGGGCGAUUGCGAAAUUGUUUGCGCUUUUCGUUAAGCAGGAGAGACAAUGCGUGUGCAAGGUGACAGCAGGUUUUGCUUCAGUUUUCGGAACGGUCAGAGAUGAACCGCGUCCUUAGCGUCGAGACGAGCCGAAGCGGCGCCCUAGCCACCGAGUUCAUCACCAAAAGGCUGUGUUGCAGCUGUAUUUUGACGGCCGCCUUUCUGGCCAUGCUUGGCGGAUACUUUCUGGGAGAAUUUACGGCAAAAAGGGCAGAAAACAGAUCGCGGGCAAAUUACAUUGAAAUAAUGAAAAAAAUUGGUACAGUAAGUGAGAUUUUCAGAGCCACUUUUCAAAAUAAAUGCGAUUUUUCUAAUUCCACAACCGAUUCUUUUCAAAACAACAAUAUUUUCUUGGAUGAACUUGUUACAUGUUUUAAAAAUGGUUAAUUUUAUGGUUUGUUAAUAAAAAGUUUUGUAGA